AGAACAGAUAAAUUACAUAGAACCGAAUGCAGAGUGCCACAGAACUGCACUCUGCUCCCGAUACCAUCAUAGAGUAGUAACAGUUGUCAACUUUCUUGAAAGGUGCUCCUCUCAGCGCCAGAAUAUUGUGUAAUUUGAAUGCGCAUUAGUCCCAAGCGGUCGCCGAGAUAACCAAUAGUCGAUUGUGCACAUGUUUUAGAGAUUUUGGUACGAUCAACAAAAAUUAAAUACACUAAGGUAAAUACUGGGAACGGAAUUGCAUCGAUUAGAUCAACCCCGUUCUCUUUUUGUGUGACUCCGCAAGCUUCUAAGAAGCAACUCAUUUAUCAAGCAAAACACAGAUCAACUUCUGCUUGAUGCCGGCCAUCUGUGUCGAGAACAGGUUUUCACCGGUCUAAAUGGCCUGAAAUGGAGAUGCGUAAGCAUGUCUAGGCAACUCGGAAUAACUCUGGUUUGCAAAGAGACAAAGAAAUAUGAAAGGCGACCGAAACAGACGUUUGACUAAGAAGAUUCAUCAUCGUUCAGAGUAGAGCCGCUGCCACGAGGUGUGUGGCGCAAAGGGAAUAUGGACAUGGGAUCCUUACACGGCUUCCAGCUGCUCGACUUUUCACACUACAACAAACCGCCAAACCCGUUAACCCAUUUAGCGGUCACUCAGCAAACAUCAUUAUUAGCCCCACUUAGUGGAAGCCUGAGCGGGUUAUCAAGUGGAAGUUCUCGGGAGGAGUCGAACGUCUCCUCCGGUACUGAAAAUCAGGAUCAACAUUCAGUCAGCAUUGUUGUUGGUUCAACCGGUCAGCAGUUGACUCAGACACAACUUCAUUCACAGCUGGCCACUUCGGUGGCUACCUCUAGUGGACUUCAUCGGCACACAACGCAAAGCGCACCCGGUGCCGUUGUGCUUUCUCCCCAACUCAGACAACAAGCAACACAACAGCAGCAGCAGCAGCAGCAGCAACUUACUGCAAAUGGUAUUCAAGGUGGGGUCCGUAAAUUUGAGUGCAGCGUAUGCCAUAAAGCUUUCAAGCAACUUGCCCAUCUAAAUACACAUGCUCUCUUGCACGAAGGCAAACGACCUCACAAAUGUUCAUACUGUGAGCAUACGUUUAGUCAGCUAACACAUCUUAAAAGACAUUUGGUUACUCAUCGCACGUAUUGCGCUGACGAGCACCUUCGAUCCAGCUCCACAUACAGCUGCCAUUUAUGUCCUCGACGAUUUGCGUUCCCCUCGGACCUUAAUGCUCACCUCAAUAAGCACUACAAUCGAGAGCAGCGUAAAUCAUCGGCUACAAGAGCCUCGGGAAAUUCUACCCAUGGCCAGCGAGCAGGGUGUGUCUCCUCUAUUGCCAAUGGACUAUUAACCGUUGCCACCGGAGGCAAUACUUCGUCCGCUAUAGACAGCGAAACCGUCUCUCUAACAAGCGUUGGCGGCAUUGGUGCUUACGCCUGUCAAAUUUGCACCCGAGUAUUUCAGUAUCAAAGCCAGCUACGUGAACACAUGUAUAAACAUACAAAAAUCCGUCGGUUUGUGUGCGAACAAUGCGACAGGCGCUUUAUGAAGGAACAUCAUCUAAAGGUACACCAGCAAUCGACGCAUCUCUGCCUCCGACCUCACGUUUGUCCCGUCUGUCAUAAGACAUUCUCGAUCAAGGCAAACCUCGAACGACACUUGUAUGUACAUUCUAGCCAUAAGGAAUUCGUUUGUCCUGUUUGCUCUAAGCGAUUCGCCCAGCCUCAAACGCUAAAGAUGCACAGUGUCUCGCACAAGGAUGUCAAACCGCACGUAUGCAAGAUAUGUGGAAAGGGCUUAGCGCGGGCUCAUAACCUGCGUGCACAUAUGGCUAUUCACCAGCAAAACAAGCCAUACUCCUGUGAGUAUUGCAGUGCUACGUUCACUUUGAAAGGAAAUCUUCAGCGUCAUCAUAAAGAAAAACACCAAGGAUUAUUUGAGUCGUCCAACAGUGGCUCAGCAAUUACCGCGGCGUCUAUCGCUGGCAGCUCUGGGCCAGCUGACGAUUCAGGAGUUCGAGACGAUGGUGGAAGGCGAACUCAAGUGGAGCCUUCGCGUGAAGCGGGUGGACAACCUUCAGCAAGUCAAAUGGAACAGAUGAUUUCAGUUGAUGAAGAAGCAUCACAGUCCGACGAUGGGGCUAGAGCGGGGGACUUUGAGCGGGCGGAAUCCCCUCGCAGUCUACCUGGCAUCUAUUCCGGCGAACAAAGUCAACUGGGCGUUUCAGCCGACCGUGAACAGGACGAGGUGCAAGAGGGUGGUGACAAUGCAAAUGAUGUUGAUGACGUCAACGACAACGACGGACGACAAAGCGAAGACUCCCUGGAAUCAGAAAUCGAUCCAGUGUUCGAUGAAGCGCCUGAGACUAGGUCAGGUGGCGAACUGACGGCAUCGAAUGGCGGCUCACAAGGCGAAGCGAGCCAGGGACUUGGCAACCUGAACGGUCCGUCUGCCGUUAAUCCACAGCCACAGCAGGAACAAUCUAAUCAGCAACAGCAGCAAUCUCAACAACAGACACUUUUCCAGCCAUACGCUAGCUGUACGGGUUCUAGUGCAGUUCAACAGUCAGCGUCACCUACAAGCCCAGAAUUAUUCCAUCCACACCAUCAUGUUUCGCAGCUGUCGGCGAGCGUAUUUUCGCAAACGAUUAAUCAUCAUCAUCAUCAUCAUCAUCAUCACGUAACAAGUCAGCUUCCGGUCGCUGUUCCUCCUGUCCACCCUUUCUACCACCCACAUCAUCAUCACCCGCAUCAUCAUCCAGUGGCUCAUCCAGGUCACCAUUCGGCCCAUGCCACUCAUGUUUCGGCGGCGGCGGCAGCAGCUGCGGCAGCAGCGGCACAGACAGCCGGCCCGCCAGGGGUUUCCGAGGGGUUGUCACUCGGUCAUGCUGGAUCUUUACAGCUACUUCAUGACAGUGCGGCUGCUGCUGCGGCUGUCAAUGCCCCGCCGCCUCCCGUUCCCCCAGGAGUUGUGCAACAUCCAGUAACAAGUAUGAGUGCCAUGGCCGGUAUGAGUAGUGCCCCAGUGAGCGAUAUUGGUGCACGUAUUCAGGCGUUGCACGCAGCGAUCGAUGAGCUUGCUCAGCAAAAUGCAGUUGGAGUGGCGAUGGGUUGUGCGGCAAGUGUACCUAGUGAAAAGAUUACGGCUAUUCAUAUGGCGGUUGACGAGCUUGUAUCGCAAGGGUCACAAUCAGGGGUCGGAGCACACCAUCCAGCAGUAAAUAGCCAUCCUGCUCAUCCAGGAACAGCCACAUGUCAUCCGACAGCACAUACGCUGGCAGCAGCUGCCGUAGCUGCUGCUGCUGCUUCGAGUCAUCCACACAUCACCCAUCCGCAUGGUCACCCACCUCAUGCACUGACUCAAAGCCACCAAAACCAGCAUCAUGGUUUGCAGACGCCUCCGCCGGGCUCGCAUCACCUGUCACAUAACCACAACGGAAGUUUACCUGGGGCUGGUCAAAUGCUUGAUCUGAGAAGCACUGGAGGCCCCCCCCCUGGUCAACUGGAACAUCAUAUGUGAUUGAUAAGUGAUAACGCUUUGAGUUGACUAAGAUUGGUUUGACUCGGUCGAGAGUUCGCAUCAACAUUACACAUGCUAACAGCGUUCCUAUUAUUAAAAAUACAGUGGUAACUCACGUAUACAAGCCAAUUCCGACCGAGCUGCGUCCCUUUCUUCACUCCCGUUCACUCCUCACUGGAUAGUCUGUUAUUUUUGUUAUUUGUCAGAUUAAACAUAUUAUAUGUAUUUACCUAAUCUCAUCCAUAAGGAGGGAGAUGAAAGCUUGAAGUCACCUGUUCAGAAUGUGGUCUGCUGCGUUUUUGUAGUUUUCGUGAGAGCUGGCAUAUCAUUAAGAGAUGUCAUAUACCGGGUGUUUUCAGUUGUGAAAAUUAUAGCGGGCUCGGUUAGAGUCCGGCUAGAACAACGAGCAUAAGAAACUAACAUACGUUUGUCUCGGAGAGAACAUACAAACAGAGAGAGUCGUAAAAUAUUUCAGGUGUUAAAGGUCAGAUCAGUUAACAUCAGAUCAUCCUUGCAUAUACGCAAAUAUUAUAUAUGUGAGGAUGGACAUGAAAGUCCACAAAACGGGAAUUUUCAGAUACCUUAAACGUGAAUUAUGAACAAGUCAUUUUAGUGACGAGUCAUUAACAUAGUCAUUUUUUACUAAUAAAUUAUCGAUAAAUGGUUCAAUAUUGUACUAACAUAAGUCACUAGAUAAAUGCAAUUAUUAUUCAUACUAUUAAAAAUUGUUCUCGGUGUGUCGAGGACUAUGUGGCGCAUUACAAAUCAUCAUUGUUCUAAUAGCGCAAGCUCACAAGUUCAGGGUGUCUAAAUUGAUGUGACAAAGUAAUAUAUAUAUAUAUAUAUAUAUAUAUAUAUAGUAACCUAGGAACUGCGCUACAGACAAGGCUUUUUACCCAAUUAGCAGUAUUAAUAUUUGUUAGGUUAUAUCUGCUUUGCGCGUUACCCCGCUCUACAAUGAUCGAUAUUUUCAAUUUCAUCUCCAGAUUUGUAAAAAUUCAGCGAAUACCAAUCCUUAAGCUCGAUACGAAAAAACUAAGGUGGGACAGUAUUUAAGAUGUUCGACACGCAAGGCUCGUGGCGGCAUUGCUUGCACCUCUUCUGGCGUUAACUAAUGAUAUGGACUCGACAAAUAUUAUAACUGCCUGUCGGAAAAAGAGUCUUAAAAUGGUUAUUUGUAAAUCGCGCCCGGGGACUGCUUCGGGUUGUUCGGAUAGGUAAACAAUUGGAGCACUUUGUCUUCACAGUGAGUCACAAUUGCGAAUAGAAUAUUUGAUACGUUGUAUAUAUAUAUAUAUAAAUGAGUAUAUCCAGUUGUGUAGAAAAUAUCAAAGCUCGUUGAGAAUAAAGGACGAGACCGAAUUAAUUUACAUUUACAUAUAUUGACAGUGU